GCAAAUUGAAGACGAUGGGCCCUUUUCGCACCGUUUCGUGCGUCAUCUUGUUCUACGUAAUGACUCUCUGCUCUGGUGAAGGAUUUGUCAGUAGUUUGCUGCCGGAACUGAGCGUCUAUCAGGAUGCCACAGAAUGCGUCGUUGUGAAGAAGCUUUGGUACCUGACUUAUACCUCACACCAUUUAUUGGAGCUUCCGAGCAAUGCCACGUGUGUGCGGUUUGCCCUCGUUACACCAAUCCACAGGGGCAAGGCUUUAUCUCGACUUGAGUAUAAUCCAAACGGAACUGUUUACGUCGACAGCACCUAUGAAUCAACUGGUGGAGAGCGUGCCAAGAAUGUCAUCUACUCACGACACCUUCCUAACGGUGCCGUGCACAGGUUCGACGUUUUGUACAACGACUGCGAUAACUGCAAGAUCUACAGUAGUCAAAGCUCUACAGGUGCAAAAGAAUGCUGGGUGUAUAUUGCUCAAACUGCCAUGAACAAAGAAAAUAUCCACUGCCACUUCAUUUUUGACUUGUUGUGUGGGCCUUCAUACAGAUACAUUCGAUCAGACGCCAGCUGCCUUGCGGCUAAAGGAACCAAAGCUCUGUAAUGUUUGCUUGGUUUCAGCAAAAAAAGUGUACCUUCUUUUAUCUUUGUGUGACAUGAAAAAUGUUUCUGCUAUGCCUGAUAAAGUACAUAAUAAAAUACAUAAUAAGUACAUGAUCAAA